UUAGUAGUCCCUCUAGCGGUGAUACAAACUGAAAAUUGACGACGACGUCAUAUUUUACUCUCAGUUGCCACCCAGAACAACAACGCAGAGCUGCAGGUUACUUCAAAGUCCAAAGGAUGGAUUUGCGUGAGUACUUCAAAAGAAUUGGUUUCCAUGUCUCCUGUGAUAAACUGGAUCUUGCAACACUGAACCUGAUCCACAGAAAGCACGUUAUGUCCAUCCCAUUUGAGAACCUAAGCAUCCACUGUGGCGAGAGGAUCACCAUGGACCUUGAGGUCAUCUUCAAUAAGGUUGUGAGGAGCAGCCGCGGAGGCUGGUGCCUUGAGAACAACUCCCUGUUUGGCUGGGUGUUGAGACAAAUGGGUUUCAACACGACAACACUAAGUUCCAGAGUUUUCAAUAGUUUCCUCAAUGACUUUGGCCCGCUUGAUUCUCAUCUCAUUAACAAGGUCAUCAUUGAUGGGAAGGCUUAUAUAACAGAUGUAAGCUUUGGGGUGUCAUCACAAGUGCGAGAGCCUCUGGAGCUUAUUUCUGGAAAGGAGCAGCCCCAGGCAGCAGGUGUUUUUCGCCUCAUAGACAAAGGGGACAUGUGGGUGCUGGAGAAGACUGGCAGGAAACCAGAGGUUCCUAAUCCAGAAUUUGCUACAUCAAGUCUGGUGAGCAGGAAGCAAACAAAGCAGAUCUACUGCUUCACCUUGGAGCCUCGCGGGGUAGAUCAUUUUGUAGAUAAAUGUCACUGGCUGCAGACCGACCCCGCCUCACUGUUCACCAAUAAGUCCAUCUGCUCUUUGCAGACUCCCACGGGAUUCAGAGCCCUGAUUGGAAAGACCUACAGUGAGGUCACCUUCAAACCAGAGGAAGGUGUUGAUGUCUUAGACAUGAGGGACAUAUCAGAUGAUGAGAUAGAUGAAAUUCUGAUGGAAAAGUUCAACAUAAAGCUGCAGAACAAACUAAAGCUCAUGAGCAACAAAUCCUGGUACACACUUUGAAAACAAUCCUGACAUAGCAACAUUUUAUGUUGAAGCUCGUCAGCAAAAUAAAAUAUUUGACAACUCCAUGAAUUAAAUUAUUUAGAUCUUCAGAAUUGUAGUUGCAUAAAAACAGAAAUAAAUAAGCUCUAAAUAAUGUGCACUGAAUGAUGGAACGAUAAAAAAACAACUCUAUUUGAAUUCCAAUUAUUCAAUUUGAUUAACACUAAACAGGAAAAUAUAAAUAGAUGCAGCAUACCUAACAACAGUAAAGCUAUGCAAGUAUAUAUGCAAGUAUAAAUAUUUUAAUUUCUAGUGUUAUUAAAGUGUAGUAGUUUACACAUUUGCUUUUCCCUUUGGGUUUCCACCAGGAAUGACAAAUCGAAGGUAGAGCCACCUGCUGUGGCAGCUCCUUGUAAAUAAGGGAGCAGCUGAAAGUAGCUUUAUUUGGAAUUGUAUUAUAGUGGGAAGUGAGAAGAAGGGAGUAGAGGAGAAAUGCUCAGUGCAUUAUGGGAAGUCUGUCAGAAUAUGUAAAUUAGGCUUAAAACAUAUCUGAGUUUUAUCCCUAAUUUUAAAAGUACAUAGGGUAUCUGUGCAUUAAAUAAAAUGAUUUACAGUAUGAGGGAAAACAUACCAUGUUUGUAUUUUUCUGGAUAUAAUAGUGAGUGUAGUGAUCUUAAUAUUUAUAGCUACCUUGAAUGUUUUUGUGUCACUUUUUUUUUUUGUUUUAUGUUUGUAUAUUUAUUAAUCCCAUAUAUCAUAAUGCUUAAACUAAGAUAACUUAUUUCAUAGUAUUUAUCCUCAACCUUGUAAAACAGCAAAAGGUGAAAACUGAGCAAAUCUGAAGACACCCUGACAAAAAAAAUCAUAUAUUGCUAGAAAGAGUAAGAAAAUAUGCACACUACUUCUCUCCAGUUUAAUAAAUUCAAUCUUAAAACAUUCUUGCAAAGGCAACAUUUUGAUCUUGAAAUGAAGAAAGAAGAUUCCAUGAAUAUUUCUAUUUUUCAAACUAUAUUACCUGUUUAUCUGUUCACCAUUGUAAAAUGAUCAUAAUGCUUAUAUAUGGUAACUGAGUAAUUCACAGUAUUAAAAUGUCCUGUUUUGUGAAGUUGUUAUAGUGUCAUAGGUUUAUACAAGGACGUUUGUAUAUCAAAUGAUUUGUCCUCAACGCCUCUACCUCUACACGACUGAGACUCAGAUCCUCAUCUUGGCCAUCCACAGGCAGUUCUUAGAUCAACGUGUGUUAGAUAGAAUAACCUAAAUUGUAUUUUAACAGACUUGAAUGGACAGUGGCUCUUUGUGUGUCAUGACAUUAAACAUACUUUGCUGUUUUA